AUGACAUCCUCAAAGCAACGAAGGGGAGGUCGCUGGAUCACGACUCUACCCUUCAUCCUCGCACCUUUGGUUGCUGCUGCGCCGCUGCCCAAUGACCCCUCCACUCCGGCCAUUACAGCCUCUACGUCGUAUCCCGCCAUCACCGAUAUGGGUACUACCAGAUAUACAUCGGCUCCUCCUUCGACUAUCACUGCCACGCCCACCGCCAUAGCAGACUCUUUUGAUGACAGCCAGCCUGACUCGAGUUGGAACUCCUACCCUACAGCCGUAGCUGCCCAAGUCGACAAUUACUCGGAUGAACCCUCGGUGGUACCAGUCAUCAUUCAGCCUGGUGAUACCUCCAAUGACGCUUACGCUCUGAGUCCCACUCCCACAGCUUCAUGGGCUUUACCACCCAUGUUCUCCGACAUGUCUCCCUUCCAAGUAUCCACCUACGCGGCUGGUAAACACAACAUGGCUAUUCUACAGGGAUCACCAGCAGCUGCAUCUUCCAAUAACACCGAUACGAAUCCUGAGGAACCCUGGGACUUAUCACGAAAUGCCUUUCAGAUACUUUAUCCUAGUGGGUCGAUCAAUCCUGGUAACAAGCCACAAGGAGGAGCAGAAUUUUACGCAGCUCCAAUGGACAUUACCAAAGCUACCAAUGCAAGUUUGGAAUACAGUGUGUAUUUCCCACCGGAUUUCGAUUUUGUCAAAGGUGGUAAAUUGCCGGGACUUUAUGGGGGUCAUAAAGGUUGUUCGGGAGGUAAUGCAGCUGAGGAUUGCUUUAGUACUCGACUGAUGUGGAGAGCAGGAGGUCAAGGGGAGCUGUACUUGUAUGCACCAAAAGAUAGACAGACUCCAUCACUUUGUCAGACUCCGCCUAAAUCCAUUUGCGAUGCGGCAUAUGGCCUGUCCAUCGGUCGAGGAGCCUGGAAGUUUGCUCUGGGAGAUUGGACGACGGUUCGUCAAGAUGUAUGGCUGAAUACACCGGGGCAAAAUGAUGGAGGGUUCAACAUCUGGGUUAAUGGCCAACUGAUCCUCUCGGCUAACGAUGUGAGAUACAGGGAGAAUGGGGAUAGUUGUAUACAAGGUGAAGAUGAUGGUAUUUCGUCAGCUAUGAUCAAUACUAUAGGUUUUGGUCAAGGUGGUACCAAUGAUAAUUCGACUGUCUCAGCGUCAGCUUUAGAUGAAGAUUGGCAAGUAUCAGAGGAAAUGGUUAAUACUAGUACGAGUACGACUAUGAUUUCGACUGUUACUGUUACUGCUACUAUGCCACCGAUUUCGGCUUAUUAUACACCUUAUACACCGUCCUCGACAAUCACCUCACCAGCUUCAGCUUCAACCGCCACAGCAUCAAGAUCUGCACAUGUUUCAUCUGCAAAAUCUGUUGGUCAGCAGAAACGAGACGAACCUUCAUCUCCGGUGGAUGCCCCAUCAAUGACUCAACACGCCGUAGUAAUUACCAUACCUAUCACCGAAGCUGUCACCACCGUGACGGCAGCAGCAACCCCCACUACAGCUUUCAUCACCAUUCCUACCACAAAUACAAUUACGAGCGAAGUCCAGGUGACUAUCACUCCAUCAGCUUCUGUGGAUACGAUUUUCGAUACAGUUUACGUCACUCAACCCACUACCAUUACCGUCGCUUCGUCUUCCUUCUCUUCUUUCGAUAGCGAUUCAUCGCCCUCACCUUCAAUGGAUCUAUCAAAUGAAUCCAUCGUAAUCCAUCCUGAACCUGUGGUAGCUCAACAAGCUUACGAAGCUCAAUCACAAGCACAACCACUUCAACCCGUCAUUUUGAAAUCACCGCCUGGUCAAGUGAUGAAAUCUCCCGAAGAGACGAAAAAUCACAUUCAAUCUCAGACACCUUGCGGAGUAGGCUUCAUAGGAUUGUUCUUCUCUACUUUCUUUGGGGGUCAUACGUCCGAUUGGGCAAGUCCGAAAGAUCAGUAUACCUAUUUUAGGGAUUUCAAAAUGUGGAUUAACAACUGA